CCGGCGCUGAGGAGAGUUCAGUGUGUGUGUGUGUGAGUGUGUUUGUGAGUGUGUUUGUGGGGGGGAACACACACUCCAGCUGGCGUCUGACCCGGAUACCCGUCUCCCCGCAGGACUAGGACUCCGGGACCUGAACCUGGACCAGGACCAGGACUCCAGUACCAGGACUAGGAUUCCAGGACUCUGGGACUCCAGGAACCGCAGGAGGACCGGGGACUUUCUACUGGACCAGACUCUGGACCAGACUCUGGUCCGGCGGCUUUGACCCAGAAUCCUCGGCCCCCCCAGGGGUCACCGGUCUGGAAGGGGGGGUCCGGCUGGUCCUGCCGGUCCUGAUGUGGAAUUUAACCCCCGCUGACCCCGAACCAGGAGCCGGCUUUCACUGAUCCGGAUCCAGGAGGAUAAAGGAUAAAGGAGCGGGAGCGGUCCCAUCAUGCCCGUGGAGACGCUGCGUCCGUCGGACGGCCGCCUGGCGGCGCUGCCCUUCGCCUCCGCCAUGCCGUUCCGGAUUCUCAACAAAGGCCCCGCCUACUUCCGCCGGCCCGCCGAGGGCGGCGCCGGCGCCCGCAAGCCCAGCGCCGUGGAGCGGCUGGAGGCCGACAAGGCCAAGUACGUGAAGAGCCAGCAGGUGGCGCUGACCCGCCAGGCGCCCAUCCAGCCGCCCAUCAUCCGCAAGCCCCUCCUCCCGCCGGGGGCGGGGCUGGCGGCGCUGGCGGGCCACCACGCCCCCGUCCCGGCGCGCCGGGUCCGGGAGCCGGAGCGGCGGCCGGCGCUGAACCUGGACGUGCUGAACCACCUGAUCGGCGACGUGUGCGGCAGCGGGGCGGGGGCGGCGUCGCCCUCGUCGUCCUCGCCGUCCUCGUCCUCGCCGUCGUCGGGGGGGCAGAGCGGCGGCAGCACGGGCGGCGUUAGCCCCGCCCCCGGAGGGAGGAGGGUGGAGCUGGUGCGGCGCCUGCCCCCCGUCCCGGCGCGGGCGCCGCGGCUCAUCGCCCGAGCCGGUACGGGGGGCGGGCCCGGGCCCCCCAACACGGUGACGGUGCGGCGGGUGGACGUGCGGCCGCCCCAGAGGACGCCCCUGCAGCCGCGCCCCCUCCGGCCCCGGCAGACGCCCCAGGGCCAGGUGGCCCCGCCCCCUCCCCAGACUCCGCCCCCGGCGUUCCCGCUAACCCCCGGCCCCGCGCCGCCCCCGCCCCGCGCCGCGCCGCCGGCCUCGCCCGCCUUCACCCGCCUCUCCGGCGCCAGCUCGCGGGGCUCGAGCCGCCGGCCCGGCGCCGCGCUGCACCGGUCCCAGUCGGACCUGAGCGACCGGCUCAGCCGGGCCACCGCCGACCUGGAGCGCUUCUUCAACUACUGCGGCCUGGACCCGGGCCAGGUGGCGGCGCUGGGCGGCGUGGAGCGCUUCGCCCCGCGCGCCAGCUCCGACAUCGUGUCCGUGUCAAAGCUCCGCAGCGCGUCCUCGCCCUCGUCCUCGGGCGGGAACGAGGAGAGACGGACGGAGGACGAGGACGAGGAGGACGGCCCGGUCCGGCCCGGGGACCGGGUCCCCUACGGGAUCUCCGUCAUCGAGAGGAACGCCCGCGUCAUCAAGUGGCUGUACGGCAUCCGGCAGGCCAGGGACCCGGGCAGCGCCGUGUCCAACGUCUGACCCGGGACUGACCCGGGUCUCCCACGUCUGACCCGGGACUGACCCGGGUCUCCGGCGUCUGACCCGGGACUGACCCGGGUCUCCCACGUCUGACCCGGGACUGACCCGGGUUAGGAGACCCGGCAACGCCGUCUCCGACGUCUGAACUGCAAAAACUCAAAAUCUUACCAGGAAUAUUUGUCUUAUUUCUAGUGAUGCACCGAAAUGAAAAUUUGUGGCCGAAACCGAAAAAAAUAAUAAACACUUGGCCGAAUACUGAAAAAUACUGAACAUGGUUCUUCAGCAGUUUUUCAUUUAUUUUGCCAAUUUUUUCACCAUUGCAUAAAUCAAAUAAAUUUGAUUUAGACAUGCUUUUAAAAGAAAAAAAUCUUUUACAAAAUUACAAGGUAGAAAAUAUUUAUUGAACAUAAAAAACUGAACAUGUUUUAAUUUCCAGCAUUAUGUUGUUUUGGUUCCACCUCCUGGUGAAUGUUGGUAAAAUUCUUAUGGGGUUACUUUUUGGUUGGCCAACGAUUUAUGUUUGUGUUGCAAC